AUGAGGGACACGACACUACGAUGUUUCAGGCGUCUGGAAAACAAGGUGUCGCUCAAGUCUCGCUGCCUGAAGAAAGUUGCGCAACUGCUGAUGAUGGGAAACCCGACGAGGGACGGCAACGGGCACAACCCGUUUUGUCGCUUCCCCAGCAACCUGGUUGAGGAACUCGUCGAGACCGUGAUCCAGUUGUCCCCCAAAGCCAGGGACAAGCUGACCCCUGACGUUUGUGCGGAGGACCUGCACGUCCUUCUAUGUAGCGGACGCCUUCGCCACUUUUCACUCUGGGACGUGGAGAUGCACAGCCGGGACUUUUCGAGUGCACUGAAGCAGAUGGCGAACCACAGCGGACUUCUGCGUGAGAUCGAAAUCGACGGGGUCUACGUGCGCGGUAAGAGACCAGAGACCAUACUGCGGAGCUUCGAGAACAUCGGACGCCUCCUGCGCUCCGCGCGACAGCUCCAAGUUCUCAAGCUCGGGCUAAGCUCGCGGUCUCUCGUAGACCUGCUCCAGCUGUCCGAUCUCGAGGAGCUUUCGCUCACCUAUGACUGUCACGUGGAACUGGACGAGGUUGUUACUCUGUGGGAGAGGACGGGAGGCGUGCUCUUGCCAAGGCUUAGGUCGUUCUACUACGGAGACUAUUUCUCGUCGGCCUCCAGCCGCACCGUCGCGCACCUGCUGCAGCACUGUCCCCUCCUCGUUGACCUCAGGGCCGACGCCGCGGGGGCCCUGCUCGCCAUCCACGAGAAGCAGUUCCACCGUGACGGUCGUCUGGACACCAGGUACCGCUUGCAGAAGACGGUUUUGGGGUCCUACAUCUACGGCACCAAGGAGGACGCCGCCGGCCCUUCACCCCUCUGUGUCCAGAUAGCGACCACGACGUGUCCGCUACUGGUGGACUUGGACAUCUACGUGGACAGCCAUGACUCCAUCCUCUCCUUGACCGAGUUCUCCCAUCUCCAGUACCUCAAGAUCAUGUGGGUCAACUCCAAGGUAGCAGGAUGCUUCGAAACGAGUACGCUGAGUCUCUUGCACGAAGUCGGCUGCCAGCUGCUCGAACUUUGCCUUCACUCCUUCGUGAAGGUCGACCUAAACGCCGUAACGUCUCUCUGUCCUUCCUUGGAGGCAUUCGGCUUGAUUCAAUGCAGGACAGUCGCAAACCAUGGACCAGUGUCGGAACCUUUUUCGAAGCUUUCGAAACUCCGAUUCAUCCCUCCGGCGGAGUACCCGGAUAUUCAAGCCGAGGACGACCUCGUCUGUCUGCUGUGCUCCUGUUAUGACCUGACAUCGUUCGUUGCUGACGUGGUUACGGAUAAUUUCCUGUUUCUAGUGGAAAGACUGCUGUCUGUGAACAGUUUUUCGAGACUGCAGCUGGUGGGAAUGUACUGCCAGCAGCCUACGCCUUCGCUGAGGGACGGCCUGCUGACCUUUCUGGCGGCUUGCAGCAGCCUCAAGUACAUCGUGGUGGCUGAUAGUGACAUCAGCGAUCUGGCGCUACAGGCGAACCCUAGUUUGAUAGUGAGGUACGAGUACCUUUACGUUGGACUCUGA